GCUGAAUAAUUGUGAGCUGACAGAGAAAAGCUGUUCAGUUCUAGCUACUGUUCUCUCCUCCAAAACCAUCCUGAAAGAGAUGAACCUGAACAACAGUCGUCUGCUGGAUUCAGGAGUCAAAGAGAUCUGUGAGGGACUGAAGAAUCCUGUGUGUGAGCUGAAGAUACUGAAACUUUCAGACUGCAGUAUCACUGAAGAAGGUUAUAAAGCUCUGGCUUCAGCUCUGAGAUCAAACCCUUCACACCUGAUAGAGCUGGAUCUCACAGGAAAUGAUCCUGGACAAUCAGGAGUGAAGGAGCUCAGUGAUUUACUACAGGAUCCAAACUGUCAACUCAAGAUACUGAGGUUUUUGGGUCCUGCUGCAGAUGAAGCCUGUCAGUAUGUGACUGGAAUUGUGGGUAAAAACCCGUUACUCCUGAGAGAGCUGAAUCUGAGUGAACAUGAACUAGGAGACACACGAGUGAAUCAGAUCGCUGCUCUACUGCAGGAUAAACACUGUCAACUCAACACACUGAUACUUUCAGACUGCAGUAUCACUGAAGAAGGUUAUAAAGCUCUGGCUUCAGCUCUGAGAUCAAACCCUUCACACCUGAUAGAGCUGGAUCUCACAGGAAAUGAUCCUGGACAAUCAGGAGUGAAGGAGCUCAGUGAUUUACUACAGGAUCCAAACUGUCAACUCAAGACACUGAGGUUUUUGGGUCCUGCUGCAGAUGAAGCCUGUCAGUAUGUGACUGGAAUUGUGGGUAAAAACCCGUUACUCCUGAGAGAACUGAAUCUGAGUGAACAUGAACUAGGAGACACACGAGUGAAUCAGAUCGCUGCUCUACUGCAGGAUAAACACUGUCAACUCAACACACUGAUGUGAGUGUUUGACAUGUAUUAAUA